AUCAUUUUUUAACCAUUACUACAAUUAUUUUUGCUGGGCAGACUUGGCGGAACCAAUUCAACUGUCAGCCAUUCAUUACAUCUACCACAAACGACCAGGUUAGUUGCAAAGUCGAGAUGAAGGAGGAGAGCAAUGCCGGUACCAAAGGGAACGACCACCAACAGCUCCAACCGGACUAUUCAGACGAUCCUUCAGAUUUUCUCGUGUCCUUUCCGGAUAUCAAAGCCAAGACAACACAGACACUGUACCCAAACCAAAAAAGAGAUGAUGCUACUGCCUUCAACACUACUGCAAGACCUAUGGACAAGUCUCCUAAAGGUUCUGUGGAUGAACGUAUUCAGGAUCUGGUAGACUUGAUCAAUCAUCAUCCUUCCUUCAGCACUCUGUCGUCAUGUUCUGGAAGAAUCAGUCUCUUUCAGCCGUGGCAAGCGACAUCAGCGACUGCCAACAACGAGAAUGGCAAUAACGAAAUGGAUGUAUCUGCUGCUGCAACACCCGAUAUUCCUAUUACUACCAAUAAUACCAGUGGCACUCCUGACAGUGGCAAAGGAUCCGGUGGAUGGCUGUUGGUGAGCCACGAUCCCAUUGAUGCCGCAGAGCUGUUGCAAAUCUUUCCACCAGAACACGACAACGACAGCCUUGAUGAUGAUUCAACACCACUCGUGUUCAAAGUAGAACCCAUGCUGCUCCACAUUGCCGCUGCCACGGUGGUUCGAGGACGACAAUUGCUCGGGUUGGCACUCGAAUUGGGAUUUCGAGAAUCGGGAUUGGUCCUGUCUCCCAAACAACAUACAUUGACGCGAGUGACGGUCGCCAUUCGAAGCAUGGGCUUGGCCUUGUGUCUGCCAUUGGCGCGAACAGGACCCUUGCGACCAUCGAAUGACUAUCUGCAAGCAUUGGUGGCAGAAUCCAAUGCUCGAUUGGAAAAGAAUCAACUCAAAUUGAAGCGGCUCCAGGACAAAAUUCGGGAACAGUUGUUUCGACCUGCUGCCGUGGAGCAACCAAUUGCAAUUGCAACAACAACUAUCCAUUCGUUGCCGGAUUUGAAUCUUUGGGGACAUGAUGCUGUUGUCAUUCCAGUGUCCAGUAGUGGCGACAACAACAAUACUAAAACAGUGGAUGUGGAUGUGGAUGUUGUAGUCUUUGGGGGAUACGGUAGGGGGCCGAGUUUCAAUAAGGCUGUCAACAAUAAGGAAGGAGCUUGUCAGCGAAUGGGAAAGGUUUUCUUGCUGAGAAAACGAAAGGGGCAGUGGCAAGAUGAUUGGAAUGACAUUACUCCUCAAAACACAGGAACAACCACAGAAUCAAGUCCAGACACAACAAUAAUAGCAGGCGUGCCUGUGCGACAAACUACGUUCACACCACGUGAAGGUGUCGCUGCAGUCACCAUCGCGUCCGACCAGCAUCAUCCUGUUGCUGUUGCCAUUUGGGGGGGACGCAAAGGGCCAAAUCAUCCCUUGGAUGAAUUCUUGCUCUACCAGCACUCGGAUGCCGACAAGACGAAUGUUUUCUACAGACCAACAGAUGUACGUGGCGAACUACCAGCACCUCGGUGGGGUCAUUCGUUCACGAGAUUGUAUGCUGGGACAGCAGCAACAAGCAGUGAUAGUACUGUCAAGAAGAUGGCUGUAUUAUUGGGAGGUCGCAAUGAACGAGCCAUAGCACGUUCUGCUCACGUACUGUCCUUGGUCCCACCUGACGACGACGACGACGACAACAAUAGCCAUGGUCAUUUUCUCUGGGAAACACUCUCUUUGGAACCAAACAUCACGACAUGCAUACCAUUCCACCAUGCAGCCUUGGCAAUUCCAAACCAAAACAACAAUGUGACCUUGUUUGUUUUUGGCGGUUUGUUGGACCCUGCUAACCUUUUUUCUGGGUUAAGAAACAACAACCACACGAGAAGAGGGGAGAGUCCAAGGCAUGGCCUCACCGCGUUCUCCAUUUCAUUGGACCCGCACCCCAGGGGCAGCCAGUGCCGCGUUGAUGCUCCGGCUAGUAUCAAUUUGGAUUUUGGAGUGGGCUGUGCUGCGACUGUGUUGAGGAACGCGAAUUGUUCUGCUGUUGCGGCUGAUACUUCUCAGAAGGGAGUACUAAUUGCCGUGACUGGGGGCGUCCCAAGUGACAACAACAACAAUCAACAGCAUGGGUCAUCGUUCCGACUAAUGGAGCUUUGUCCAAGCCAAGAAUCAGAAGGGAACGUGCAUUGGUCGCUGGGGCUGUCCCCAUCGAGCUUUCAAAGUCGGGAAGUGUUGGACGCCAAUCUGAUUGUCCAUCAUCGUGCUCUUGCAAUUACGAAGAACUGUAGUGAUGUGGACCUUGUGCUACUUGGGGGUGGGGUGAUGGGGUUUGCUUUUGGCCCGUGCUUUGCAAGCUGCUCCCGACUUGAGAUAUGCUCCACGAAAAAGGGUCCACAGGGGUCAAUCGUUCCCACCAUCCGUCAUGAGAAACAUGAUGAGGCAAAGACGACCUCAGAAAAAAAGGAAUCACCUUCCACAACGAACGUCGUGUUUGUACGAAAGUUGAAGGCCAAACGACUCAAGACCGAGUUGGAGAAGCACUCGUUCCUUGAUAAGCAAUUCCGAAUGACACCAACAAAAGACGAUCAGUUAUUACCUGACAACCAGCCAGGCUGGGAGAUUGCCGUUCCAAUUACCAACGAAUUCCUUGCACUAGUAUCAUGUGUCGAGCAUUUCCAGUCACUCCCAGACUAUGAGGGAUGGUCUUUAUUGAUUGAAGGGAUUGGGACUCAGGACAUGCCCAUGAGCACAUCUCAAUUUGCAAAGAAAAAGAAGCAUUGAAUGCCUGGCUAUGGAGAAACUGCUAUCGUAGGCUGAUCAUAGGGUCGAAACUAAAAAUAUGGUUGCAGGGACCAUAAUUUUUAGAACCUACGACGACGUUGGGGGACACAAAAGAAUCACCGCAGUGAUCCCAGGACGCUGUCCUAAAAACAAGAAAAGCCAUCAGCUGUGAAUCCUUCAAGUCUGGGCCGACUUGCUGUUGCUGCAGCUCUUCUUGUGCUUCUUCCAUCUGGCUUUCUGGCACUCUUGAGAACAGUAGCUUUCUUUCUGGCACCUGGAACAAACCUGGCUACAGAAGGAGAGGCCACAAAAAGCACAUGCUCCACCCUUUCUAAUUUUGUUGGGUCUUCCAGUGGCAUUGUCUUUGAUGCUCUGGGUCAAUUCAGGAUUGAUAUGGCCAAUGAAAUGUUGAUUUGGUUUGCCUCCCCAAUAGGGAUGGGUUCGAAACUGAUUGGGGAAAAGGUCUGCCCGUAAGCUUGUGGAAUUCUGUACAUCUGCUCCAGGGUAAAGUUUGAGGGCUUUCAAGGAUACAUGCAUGGGCACGGGGCAAAGAUUGCACGACUAAGACAUCUUGGAGCUUGAGUUGAACCCAGCCCUUGUCGAUGCCUGUGUAGAGGGUAAUGUGUAAUCGUAGGUCCAGCAUUCCAAUCACUCUCUCUCCUCCUUCUGUCUUUGUCCCCCACACAGAACUACAGGGAGGUGUUGGAGCUAUCAAAUGUUCAAGAUAAUCUCUGGCAUCCACAUGGUCAAUAGAAGCAAGAUAGUUGUAGUCAAUCAUAUGGCGGACCUCAUAAUUCAGAGCUCCAAUAUCGUUGGUUGCCAAGACUUCUGGUUCAUCCAACACUCGGAUCUUAACGGGGAAGCACAAGUUGGGGUAGAAAGAGGCUGUGCCUGUGUCUGUCAUGGUGUAUCGGUACGCAUGAUCAAUGGGGGUACUACCAGGGUGACGGGGGAAUUGCUUUGGUGGAAGCACAAGGCACACGAUGAUUGAAAAGACGACAUUGGCUCUCUAGCUAGUAGUCAAUCUGUGGUUGUAGCUGACGUCUAUGGCAAGGCAGUGAUGUCAACAUCAAUGGGCUUAUCUAGGCUUAUCUGAGCCAAGCUAGUCAAAGCCACGCUAAGCUUGUCAAUGCUAACCUAGUCUAAGCUAGUCCACACAUACAAUUUACUAUACACAAUUUAGUACUUUUC